AUGUACCCUUGGCAAGUCACCCGCGCCCAAUAGACAAACAACCGCUUCAUUUUAUUUGCCCUAAUCCUUCUCUUUUACCUCCAUAGCACUGAAAACCCCCAAAACUCAGAGAAAACCUCUGCAGCUUUUGUCAAAAACGCCUCUAGAAACUCUUCGUCGACGCCUCGAUUUCGUCUUUCCGUCAGUCCACCAGGUUUUAAACUAUGGGCGAUAGUGAAACUGCGGUAGCUCAAACCUCGUCAGUCACUGACUAUAAAUCUGCUGGUUAUUCAUCAAAAGUUCCUGAUGAUGCUGGCACCCAUACUUCUUCUGAUGCCGGAAAUGCUGGGGAUUUGGCCACUCCAUGUCCAAAUGGCGCUGGGGAGUUAGCAUCUUCUAAUGUAGAAGCUGGAAACCUAUAUACCACUGAUGCAGUGUCUACCCAGCAAGAAAGUGCUACUGCUAUGACAUAUGAGGCCAGCCAGGAUCUUGCAGCUCUAGAAGAUGCAGCUGCAGGUUCAUCCCAAGCUGCUGUUUAUGACUCUUCUGCAAAUGGCAACAACAAUACUGAAGCAAGAGACAUUGCUGAAAAUGGGAUUGCAUCAGAUGUUCAUGGAAAUUCCAAUAUGCAUCAGCCAGAAGACGGCUUAGCUUUAUCUCCUGAAGAGGAAAGAUUAUGGAGCAUAGUAAGGACAAAUUCUUUGGACUUUAAUGCCUGGACUUCCCUUAUUGAGGAGACGGAGAAGAUGUCAGAGGGCAACAUUUUGAAGAUUCGGAAGGUUUAUGAUGCAUUCUUGGCAGAAUUUCCUCUAUGUUACGGUUAUUGGAAGAAAUAUGCAGAUCAUGAGACACGUCUUGGCUCUGUUGACAAAGUUGUGGAGGUCUAUGAACGAGCUGUUCAAGGCGUGACAUAUUCGGUAGAUAUGUGGUUGCACUAUUGUGUUUUUGCUAUAAGCACUUAUGGAGAUCCUGACACCAUUAGAAGGUUAUUUGAAAGAGGAUUAGUGUAUGUUGGAACAGACUACCUGUCUUUUCCACUUUGGGAUAAGUACCUGGAGUACGAGUACACGCAGCAGGCUUGGUCAAAUGUUGCUGCCAUAUACACACAGAUAUUGCAGAAUCCAAAUCAGCAGCUCGAUCGCUAUUUUGAAGGUUUUAAGGAGCUGGUGGCUAGUAGGCCUCUAUCAGAGCUACGAACUCCUGAAGAAGCUGCAGCUGCAGCAGAAGCUGGCAGUGAACAGAUUGAGGGAGAGGUUAAUUCUAGUUCCGAGCCUUCUAAACCUGUAAGUGCAAGCUUAAAAGAUGCCGAGGAGUUGGAGAAGUAUAUCGCCAUUAGAGAAGAGAUGUAUAAGAAAGCUAAAGAGUUCGAUUCUAAGAUCAUUGGUUUUGAAACAGCUAUAAGGAGGCCAUACUUUCACGUGCGGCCUCUUAAUGUUGCAGAGCUUGAAAAUUGGAACAAUUAUCUUGACUUCAUAGAAGGAGGAGAUGACUUCAAUAAGGUGGUCAAGCUGUAUGAGAGAUGUCUGAUUGCUUGUGCCAAUUAUCCUGAAUUUUGGAUUCGGUAUGUUUCGUGUAUGGAAACAAGUGGAAGUUUGGAUCUUGCCGAUAAUGCCCUUGCUCGUGCCACUCAAGUCUUUGUCAAGAGACAACCAGAGAUUCACCUUUUUGCUGCUCGAUUGCGGGAGCAACGUGGUGAUAUACCUGGUGCUCAGGCUGCGUAUCAACUUGUGCAUGCUGAAAUAUCACCUGGACUUGUAGAAGCAAUAAUCAAGCAUGCGAACAUGGAACGUCGACUUGGGAACCUUGAGGAUGCCUGUUCCGUAUAUGAACAAGCUAUCGCCAUUGAAAAAGGAAAGGAGCACUCGCUGAGUCUGCCAUUAUUGCUUGCACAGUACUCUCGGUUUUUGUACUUGGUUUCUGGGAAGGUGGAAAAAGCUCGGGAAAUUCUUGAUCAAGCAGUUGAGAAUGUCCAGUUGUCAAAACCACUUCUGGAGGCACUGAUCCAUUUAGAAUCCAUUCAGUCGCUACCAAAGAGAAUAGAUUUGUUGGAUUCAUUGGUUGAUAAGUUCAUAGUUCCAUCUCCCGAGAACCCUAGCGUUGCAAGUGUUGAUGAAAGAGAGGAAUUAUCAAGCAUUUUCUUGGAGUUUCUAGAUCUUUUCGGAGAUGCAGCAUCAAUUAAGAAGGCUGAUGAUCGGCACGCUAAGCUUUUUUUACGCCAUAGAACCUCUUCAGAUUCAAAGAAACGUCAGGCUGACGAUUAUUUAGUUUCUGAGAAGACAAAGCUGGCAAAGUCUGCAGUUGCAGCAUCUAACCCCUCAGUGGCUGGUGCAUUUCCUGGAGCGCAAAAUCAAUGGCCUGCAGGUUAUGGUGUACAAGGUCAAACCUGGCCACAGGCUGCGCAAGCCCAACCGCAGCAGUGGAAUCCUGGUUAUGCGCAACAGGCAGCAUAUGGUGCUUACAGCAGUUACGGCGCCAGCUAUGCACCUCCUCAAGCGCCUGCACCAGUGCCCUCGAGUGCCGGUUAUGGUGCUUAUCCUUCAACAUACCCGGCGCAGGCCUUCCCUCAGCAGAAUUAUGCACAGCCAGCCGCCGCUCCCACUUUGCCUCCAGCACCACAAGCUACAACUGUUCCUCCUACAGCUUAUUAUGGCAGUUAUUAUUGAGAUGGCAAAAACUUCCACAUCAAUUUUUUGCUGGAUAUAGUUUGUAUCUUCCCAUCAACGGCCAGAAUACAUUGCAAUGCCCUGAGUUCUUCCGCAUGGUUGUAUUUUGAGUGAAUGAGCUGCAGGAUAGGAAAUUGAGCAAUCUAGUGAUGUCUCACCUUAGGCUGAUGGGCAAUGCUGGAAAUCCAUUGUUUAUCUUCUGUUGGCUUUUUUCUAGUUAAUGUACCAUACUUUUUUGUUGACAUGCUAGUUGCAGGAAAAUAUGUUGCAAAAUGUUAUGUUUUCCCUAUCCCAUCUCCACUGUCUUUGUAGUAUGAUUUCUGUAUUUGCAGAGUGCAAGGUUUUUCUGCUA